GGAGAUGGAUUCAAUAACGAGAACGAAGGACAACCAGUGACAGGCGCUUUGAGGAGUCCAUUUUCACCUAGCGUAUAUUUUUCGAUCGGGUAGUAAGAAAACGGAAAUAAAAACAAAAUAAGGUUGAUAAAAUUGUCUGUACGGCAAUCAAAAACGAUCAAUUCAUAAUUCCGUGUGCGUUUUUCGUAAUUCCAAGGGAAUUUGCAUCACUCAAUCCGGGUCUUAUUCUGUGUUAUGGUUGGCGUGUCGUCGAAGGAUAAGCCAUUUCCGAACAUGUCUCGCAGUGUAAGGGCCGAAACUCGGGCUAGUAAGAAAGAUGAUGUGAAAAAGUUCAUGCUUUCAAUGGACCGUGUACGUCGCUGGGAAAAGAAAUGGGUCACGAUCGGCGAAACGUCAAUGAAAAUCUUCAAGUGGGUUCCGAUUUCCAGCAAGGAAAACAAAAAGGGCGGUGGUUUGCUGAAAGGUGCAACUGGUGUUGGUGGUGGCACUGUCGGGAAUGGGUUGAACACAUCGGUUAGCAAUGCGGCUACCGUCAAUAGUAACAGUAACAGCAACAGUAGCGAGAAUAAGGAGAACAGCAGAAAGCCGGGAACUGACUCAAAUUCUAACUCGAAUUUCGCACUGACCACUGAGGAUUCAAAUACUUGUUUUUCACUUGUAAGCGAUUCUCAGGGAGCGACAGAGUUUGUGUCCAAUAUGCCCUUCUCCGAGGACUCGAACUCACAAGGUUCGGAUAGUGUGACGAAACGAUUGAAAAGUGAUUAGAUGCACAAUUUUAUCCACAUGUAGGAUCGGAACGCUAUACGAUGGUCUGAGGCACGAUACACUAAUCCCAACUUGAUUGUGCGUAAGUUAUUACUUUUGUUUUGAUACCAGAGCAUCGUCUAAAUGUGAACAUAAGAUUGGUUUGUACAAACGUGGCAUACAGUCUUAACGAUAGGAUUAGGUAUUCUACACAAUUCGAUUAAGGAUAGGACUGCGUUUAAGAGGGGUUACAUAUCCGGGAAAGGCAAUUUUUCGAGACAGUUCUCUACUAUUGGGGGGACGUAUUUUCAUCUUUGACCUCUCACAAACACGAAAACAUGUAAAUUAUUUAUUUUAACAGUCAUAUUCUUACAAUUUCAUCUAGUGAAAGCUACAUACACUUCUAUACCAUUUCAACACAGCAGCAUCGUUAGGUUUUGCCUAGUUUUAUCGUACAACUCGCGCUUAGUCGCUUCGUACAGAGGCUGCCACGCAUUGCUCUUCGAGUUUAGAUUUUUAGCUGCAUUUUCCGUAUACUUUAGAACGAACUUUAGAAAUCUGCAGGAUGGAGAAAAAUUUGCAGAUAUUAUAAGAUACCUAUUAAUAAUGAUAAAAAUAA